GCUGGGAUGAUGUCCUCAUGAGUACCGUGGUUGUCCGGUGUGACUGCUAUAUUCUUGUAAUAUAUUAGACCUCCUCCCUCACAGGAGAUAGUUGAUUAGUCGAAGGAAGAUAUUCUACAACAAGAAUUUUAAUCGAGAAAACGAGUGAUAAUUGUGAUUUAGCCGAAGUUGCCGGUUCUGUGCGUUGUUCCAUAAAUUAUGCAUACCGGUUGCACUAGACCCCUUUGAGCGGCAAAGACUAAGUGUUCAACGGGUAGGCCAGCACUUGACUUUCAACACUCAACCGUCCCUCCCUGUCUCACCUUUUUCCUUUUUUUCUCUUCCCUCCAAACUUUCAGGCUUUCAACCUUCUCUGCUACCUUACCGAGGCUCUCGUUUAUGCAGUGGCACGGAGGCGAUCCGGUUCAUCACCCAUCAUCACCCAUCUCCCCACAAAGCCAAACUCUCUAAACUCGAACCCUUAAUCGCUCUUAUCGGUCCUUCUUUGGCCCUGCUGCAAUGACCCACGCGGUUUACGAACCGACUCCGAACAGAGAUUCACUUGAACUAGACUCACUGGUCUCAUCGUCAGCUUCUGCGUCACCGCGUUCCUCAACAUCCUCCCGCUCUGGGAUCUCGUCCUCCCGUCGAUUGUCGCUUGCUUCUGACGAUGAGGACGCUGAACCUGGUCGGUCACGUGCUUACAGGUCCUAUUCCGUGUCCUCCGCUUUUGACUUCAAUACCCAUCUAGUGCCCCUUACAUCAUCGGCAGAAACCCGGUAUCAGCAACUGGGUGCGACGAAUGCUCCUGGGUCGGGCCCCGUGGGUACAUUAGAGAAGCAAAAAACUCUCACGUAUCUCAACGGAUUGUCGCUACUGGUUGGCCUGCAGAUAGGCUCUGGAAUAUUCUCCUCACCUAGCCAGGUUAACAACCAUACACCAUCUCCGGGGGUGAGCCUGGUGGUCUGGGCUGUUGCUGGAUUAUUAGCGUGGACGGGUGCUGCGAGCUAUGCUGAGUUAGGCGGUGCUAUCCCCUUGAAUGGUGGAAGCGGUGUGUAUCUGCGGCAUUGUUUCGGAGAGUUGAUUGGAUUUUUGUAUUCAUGGGCGGCGGUCAUUGUAUUGAAGCCUGGAGGCGCGGCUAUCAUCGCGAUUAUAUCGGGAGAGUACAUUAAUAGGGUUAUCACGGGGUCAUUUACGGCAGAAGCUGAUGCAGCGCUCCCAUCGGAAUGGGCGAACAAGCUAGCCGCCUUUUUGUGCUUAUCCUUGGUUACCGCACUGAAUAUACUUUCGACGAGACUCACCACCCGAUUAUCUGAUUCACUACUAUUCCUAAAGGUGGGGAGCCUGUUGGCCAUUACGAUCAUUGGUAUUGUCGUUGCUGUAACGGGGCUGAACGGAGACGGGAAGGGAGCUAGCACCGAAUGGAAGGAUAGAGGGUGGUUCGAUAGCAGAAAAGGGGGUGUAUCGGGACGGGAAAAUGAGUCGAUGGUUGGUGGGCUAGGGGAAUAUGCAAUUGCCUUGUAUGCUGGGUUGUGGGCCUUUGAUGGCUGGGAUAACGUUUGGCACCUUAUCGCCUGCACCUGCUCAUGCUAAUUAUUGCUAUAGGUCAACUUUGUGGUUGGUGAAAUGAAGAAUGCCCAGCGAGACCUCCCUCGGGUGAUCCACAGUGCUAUGCCUGUUGUGAUUACGUCUUAUCUCCUCGCGAACGUGGCAUACUAUUUGGUCCUUCCAGGAGAAGUGAUUGGGAAAAGCAAUACGAUUGCAGUGGUAUGUGUGUUCCCUCAGAUCUUGGUAGGCUUGGAUUAACAAGGAAUAGGCAUUUGGUACCAAAGUAUUUGGUACAGCUGGCGGUGUUGUUUUUGCCCUGGCCGUAUCUCUUUCCUGUUUUGGCGCUCUAAAUGCUACUACCUUUACCUCCGGCCGCCUUGUCUACGUUGCGGGUAAAGAAGGCUACCUUCCCGCCAUCUUCGGCACAUUGGGGUUGCGUGGAGGAGGGAACGAGCCUAGCCGACGCUCCUCGGGCUCCAAUAAAAAAUCGAUCUUGGAACGUAUCCUUUCGAUUUUUGGGCGUGGUGCCUCUAAUGGCGAACCGAGUAUUCAUUCUUGGAACAAAACCCCGAUAUAUGCUAUGCUGCUGAAUUCCUUUUUCACCGCACUUUACAUUACCGUUGGUGAAUUUGGAACACUACUCACGUUCUAUGGGGUAGCAGGAUAUACUUUCUAUUUCCUUACAGUUCUCGGCUUGAUAGUCCUGCGCGUCAAGGAGCCAGACCUUGAAAGGCCAUACAGAACCUGGAUAACCACUCCCAUAAUUUUCUGUUGCGUCAGCCUAUUCCUGAUAUCCCGAGGGGUGUUCAGUAGCCCGCUGCAGACGCUUGUGGUAGUUGGCUUUGUGAUGGCUGGAAUACCGGUUUACUACUGGAGGGUUGGAGGGUGGAAGGGCUGGAAGUUGCCUUGGGGGAAAUGAGUAAAUGAAUAAUUCAAGAUGAUGAACUAUUUCUUUGUGGAGUUGGGGUAUAGGUGGUGUUUAAUUUCGGCUUUCGCUCUAUGUCUUUUAUGAGGAGGGCUUAUUAUCUGUUUUACACUGUUUGUUGUAUAUUGGACUGGGGAGAGGGUUGGUAGAUAGCUCGGGCGGUCAUAGAUGGGUCAUGCAGGAUGUAAUGUAGGUCGGACGAGUGCAAUGAUAAAAUGAUUGGGUUAGAUACUAGUGAUAACUUUGCUCCAAGCCGGGUGUGAUUCGAUUAUUAUAAUUCCAUGAAUGUGAAAAUGGCUCCAAUAAACAAUUUACCGUACCUACGAGUGCUCUGCUUGUACAUCGCCCCUUCGUUGGUGCCCCUAGGGGUAGAUUCACCGAACCUCACUCGAGGCCGAUGAACGGGUUAGGGUUGG